GUGCAACUCUUGUUUUUGGUGCUUACUAAAUAUCGUCUUCUCAUCUCCACAAUUAUCUUCCUAUCCUUCUAUCCAAUCUUCCAUCUCCCUCUUUUUAUCAUCUUAUUGUUCUUCUAUAUAUACACGUACACAUACAUAUAUACCACAUAAGAAAGAAAGAAUCAUCUCACUUCACACCCCUCCUCCACUUCCACACUUGAAUUCCGGUUUGAUUGAAUUUAAAGCAAAGUCUAGACUCUACUCAUCCAUUUCUUUUCCAAGAUCCGAGAGAGAUUCAUACAACAGCAGCAAGUUCAAGAUUUCUCUUUGUUUUUCCCUUUUUCCUCGAUGGAUUGAAAGGACUCCUUUUACACGGGCUCUCCGUUAUCUGAUUUUGACUGUUUCUUCACCCCCCACUAUUUUUAGUCACACCUCCUCUCUUUCUGCUCAGCCUUUGGUCUUCUUGCUAAUCCAGCUUUUGUUAUAGUCCCUUUGCUUUGUUCUGUUGAUUAGCAAAAUAAUGAGGCUCAAAGCUUUUUCAUCCAUUGUGGAUUGCUCACAUCAUGCCUCUCAAGCCUUUGCUCCUACCGUCCCUUCAUCCCUUUUCGCAUCGUCUUUUCGUUGUCGGCCUGUCUCCCUUAUUGUUCUUUCCGACCCUUUUGUAUCAAAAACUCUCUUGAAGUCUCAAUCUUUUAACAAGAUUUCGAGAGGUCAUACUAUUCGACGUUCGUGUAGCUCAAACUUGGAUGAUGUUGAUCACGAGGAACCAUCGUUUCAAGUAGAAGGAUUGGCUAAUAAUUCUGGUGGAGUGGAUAGUGGGGACGAUGGAAGGCAUAGGAAAAAGAAUGUACAUUGCGCAACAUCCAAGAAAAGCCCAUUUGCGGGUGAAAAUGGAGGGGAUCAAGAUUCGUUCUUGCAUUCAAGAUUCGAUUUCUUGGAGCCAAUGAUGCUCGGGAUUAGGCCGGAGUUCCCGGAUUGGCCGGAUCAAGAGACUGUUGUUUGGGCUACAAUUGAACAAAAGGCUAAGAGUUGUGACAUUCCCCUGUCUCUUAGGAUGAUAAAGAAGAAACUACAACGGGAAGAGGGCUUUACAGAAUCCAAAGAAUCGCCUGCGUAUUGCUCUGUGAAGACGGCUUUCUCUUCAAUGGUUUUCAUUGUCGUUGAACUUCAGAGCUAUGCGCUGCAUAUGAGGGAAGCUUUGUGCCACGAGGAUCUAGAGAUAAUUUCCUCUAAAGUGCAAAAAGAAAUGCAUUCUUCAUUUGUGUGGCUAUUCCAGCAAGUGUUUUCAAGAACUCCGGUUUUGAUGCUACAUGUAAUGAUCCUUUUGGCAAAUUUCAGUGUGCAUUCUGCCUCCCGUGAUAUUGCCGUUGCUGAGACCUCGCCUUCAAGAGUGUCAACAGAACUGUUUUCUGUCGAAGAGAAACAAGUUCAAUACUAUCCCUCAUCACUAUCAUCUUUGGUCUCAGAAACCGGUAUUGGCAGUAUUGGGGAAAAAACACAAAUUGGAGAGUUGCAACUGGAGAGUGAGGCAGAGAUGAAGUUGUGGAACUCAAUGGUGGAUGAUGCAGCAAAGAUGCGGGAAGGUAUUGAUGACGAGGUUCUUGAUCACGAGACAAUGCAAUAUUUCGUUUCACCAGUGUCCGUGGAGCUAGAACCUGACGUCUACGAGGACUAUCUUCGGACGGACCUCUUGUAUCAAAUGAACUUGUCCCAAGAUCCUAAUAAUCCACUUUUACUCUGCAAUUACGCGCAGUUUUUGCACCUUGUUGCUCACGAUUAUGACAGGGCCGAGGAAUGCUUCAAACGAGCAGUACAAGUAUUGCCACUGGAUGCUGAGCCUCUGUGCCUUUAUGCAAACUUCUUAUGGACCGUUAGGAGGGAUUACUGGGGAGCCGAGGACCGGUUCCUGCAGUCCAUGUCAGUCGAACCGAAUAGCUCCUAUUAUGCCUCCAGAUACGCGAAUUUCUUGUGGAACACCGGCGGUGAAGAAACCUGUUUCCCUCUCAACAAUCCCCACAACCCAAACAUGUUGGAGAAAGAAUAAAGAUGGUCCUUUCCUCGUUUCAAGAUUCAAUUGUAAUCGCCGGUGGUCAAGGCCAGAAGUCAAAACACGGAAGAAUUCAUACUGUAACGGUGAAUACUAGUCGAGACGAUGGAGGUGAACUAAGGUUAGGGUGAAGGGAAAGACUUAGAAAUGUUUGAACAGGACAAUUAAGACACCAGAAACAGCCGCUUCCACUUGGAAUUUACCAAAAAAUUCUCAAAUUGUACAGAAGGUAAAGAAUUCGGCGUGCAUGAGUGACAUUUGCAUGCUUGUGGACUGGAAAAAAUGAACAUUAUGUGUAUAUUGCAGAUAAUUUAUGAAAGAGCAAUCAUUUUGAGUUUUGCAUGCAUUUUCUUAUCAGUUUUCUGACAGUGAUUUUCA